AUAACUGAUCAAUGGGUUAAAGUGAAUCUUCUACUGUGAACUGAUCCACAUGUCCAACAUGUUAUGAAAUGAACUUAUUGAUUAAUGAAGAAAGCGAUCGGCACCAUGUUGUACUGAUGCGAACGUCAAAGAUAAAAUUAGAUAUUAAAUAAUGUGAGAUGAGCUGCAGGUGUGUGACAGCUGCUGGAGCUGAAACAGUUAAUGAUGCACACAGGUGAGUCUCACCUGGGCUGUCGGGUCGGUUUGUGUCUGACAGGCGAGAGAGAGAGAGAGAGAGAGAGAGGGAGAGAGAGGGAGGAGGUCAUGUGACUCAGCUCAGGUAAAACACCUGAAAACAGGAAGAGAAGCUGUCGGAUCACACACACGACGAGUGUGUGAUUCUGUGUGUUUAUGGUGAAUGUGUGUGUGUGUAUUCUCAGUGUGUGUGUGUGUGUGUGUGUGUGUGUGUGUGAGACUGGACCUUGCAUCAUGUCCAGUCAGCGGCGGCGUUCCUCCAGCUCUGAGCAUGCUGCUUCCUGUUGUCUACCUCAGGUCUCAUCAUCACCCUGUUGUUGCUGCGUUGCUGUGGCGAUGCUGCGCCGUAGUAAGAAGAGGCGCCGGCCGGAGAUCUCGGCACCGCGAGACUUCCAGCACCGCGUCCACACGUCUUUCGACGCCGCUACAGGACGCUACGUUGGUCUGCCGCCACAGUGGCAGAGCGUGAUCGACACACUGAGGAGGCCACGCCCCCUGGUGGACCCCUCCAGGGUCACUGAGGUCGAGCUCAGGAAGACGAUUGUUCGGGGCAGUUUCAUCGGUCAUGGCGACUACAUCUCUCAUGUGAUCUCAGAGAUGACCCGUCUGUCCGUCACCAGCUCCAACUCUCUGCGCCGCAGCAGCCCAUCAGCACGGAAACGGGCUCAGUCACUGGGCCGGCUGGGAGAGCUGGCGGAGGACGACUCGUACCAGUACGAGGAGCUGAAUCAACGAGGUGCGAAGACGGGCGGGAGCUCCACCUACUGGCAGGACCGGAUCCGACAGGUGCGCAGCGAGAGCGGCAGCCCCAAACUGAACGGAGCUCUGUCCAGAGCCAAGUCCUUCUGUGAGGUGGGCACUCUGUCUGAGGCCACGCCCACCACACCUGUCACACCGCCGAGGGCAGGUGGGAUGGACUCGCCAGGUGGGCAUUAUGCUCACAGUGAGGGGGCGGGGCUAAGACAGAGACCAACUUCCUGUCACCACAACCUGCAGAGUGUAGAUCCCAGCAGCAGAGCUCACCUGAGACUGAAAGCACCUGUCAGUAAGCUGCCAGACCUGCUGUCGACCUCCAGAGAAACUCCCAGAAGGCCACACUCCUCCUAUGACCUCAAGCUGACCUCCCCCUCCUCCCCCCUCCUGCUGCCCCCCCCUAACAGCACCAGCAGCCCGCUGGUACCAGGUCGAGGGUUACCUCAGCGCUCGCUCCGUCCCUCCAGCUUCAACACUGGAUUAGCUCCAAAACCCCCACCCCCCCAGAAUCAGGGGCCCCUUCGCCCCUCCCCCACGGGCUCCCCCGGACACGCCCCCUCCCACAUCUGCUCCUCCUCCCCCCAACAGAUGGGACCUGGCGGCGGCGGGAAGGUGACUCACGAGCAGUUUAAGGCGGCGCUGCAGAUGGUGGUGGACCCAGGUGACCCGAGGAUGACUCUGGAGAACUUUGUGAAGAUCGGGGAGGGGUCGACAGGUGUGGUGUGCCUCGCCCGGGAGCGACACAGCGGGCGACAGGUGGCGGUGAAGAUGAUGGACCUGAGGAAGCAGCAGCGCCGCGAGCUGCUGUUCAACGAGGUGGUGAUCAUGAGGGACUACCGGCACCUGAACGUGGUGGAGAUGUACCGCAGCGCUCUGGUGGAGGAGGAGCUGUGGGUCAUCAUGGAGUACCUGCAGGGCGGCGCUCUCACACACAUCAUCAGUGAGACCAGGCUGAACGAGGAGCAGACAGCGACAGUGUGUGAAGGCGUCCUGCAGGCAUUGUCCUACCUGCACUCACAGGGAGUCAUUCACCGAGACAUCAAGAGCGACUCCAUCUUGCUCACACUGGACGGGAGGAUCAAGCUGUCAGACUUUGGUUUCUGUGCUCAGAUCAGUAAGGACGUCCCAAAGAGGAAGUCUCUGGUGGGGACUCCGUACUGGAUGGCUCCUGAGGUGAUCUCUAAACGGCCGUAUGGGACGGAGGUGGACGUCUGGUCUCUGGGCAUCAUGGUGGUGGAGAUGGUGGACGGAGAGCCGCCUUAUUUCAGCGACACACCCAUCACGGCCAUGAAGAAGCUGAGAGACGAGGCAGCGCCGAGUGUGAAGAACCUCCACCGGGUGUCUCCUGUGUUGAAGGACUUCCUGGGCUGCAUGCUGACUCGUGACACUAAGCAGCGCUCGAGUGCCUCCGACCUGCUGGAGCACCCGUUCCUGCUGCAGGCUGGCUCGCCACACUGCCUGGUGCCCCUGGUGGAGCAGCACCGCAAACGCAUGUCGCUCUGCUGACACCGGAGUGUUUACCUGUGGAACACCUGAGAAUAUACCUGUGACUCACCUGAGACUAACUGGCUGCUGAGAAGUCGGCAGCCAAUCAUGAAGCAGCUCCUCCUUCAGUCAGGUGACACCAGGAUGCCGUCAGCUUGUGACCUUUGACCUCCAGCUGCAAGAUGUUUGUUCUGAAUCAGCUGAUGUCACCUGUGAACUCACCUGAGAGGAGGAUGUGAUCAGAGAAUAAUAACCUGUAACUGGACGCGUCUUAUUUUGACAGUUCAGUCCAUCAUUUCCUGUCAGUGAAAACAAACAUGGUGCUGCUUCCUGUCUGACCUUUGACGUCCUCUGCUGUAGUUGAUAUUUAAAGUUUCCUUCCUGUCUGCAGAGACGGAUCACUGAAAUACAGCUGAUACUUCGACAUGCAGACCAGGGUAAGUGAACCUGCAAUCUUCUGAUAACAGGACGCUGCCUCUACCCCUGAGCCACAGCCGCCCUACAUAAACUGUAGAAACAACUAUAUUAAAAAUAUUUAAUUAAAAGUUGCUCAGAUGUUAAAUGCUCCUGUGGUUUUAAACGUUCAGUCUUUCAUCAGUUAAAACACAAAUAUUCUGAAGCUAAAUCCAUUUAUUUCAAUGUCAUCAGCUGAAUGUGCCCUCUGAUUGGAUCAGAGGAAGCUAACGUAGCUUAUUAGCAGUUUAAUUAAAGCUCCUCUGUCAGAGUUUAAACUGGUGCCUACACAGUCAGGAGGACGACACACUGACACAGGUUUUACUCAACUUUACUCAACCUUUCACAUUAGCACCUGAGCUGACACCUGAGUCAAUGAGCUUUAUUUCAUCCAAACUUUAAAUAAAUCCUGUCUGAAUGUUUUACACAUUAUUUUCCCAUGAUGCUCUUGUGUUGACUGUAAAUGAUGAAAACAUAUUUUUCCUGUUUGUAAAUGAAAGAAGAGGAUUCAUUCAUUCCAACAGUUUCACACAGAAUGUGACUUUUGCACAUGUGACUAAAUAUUUUUAUGUUUUCUUUUAUAAAAUACAGAUUUUAAUAAAACUGGUGACUCUUGUUUCUUCUGGUUUCCCUCCGAUGGUAGCAGCUGUUGUU